UUAUCCGAGAUGGGGACCGGUUCGAUUCCGGUGCCAUAGUAAAAAAGGAGAAAGUUUUGAGCUCUUGUGGGGCUUUGUUUAUACGCGCGGCGAAGCGAUGGAGAAGAGGGAUCCCUUGUCUCUCACACCGACACGACGCAGCUGAUAAUCAUCCCUUCCGUGCAUUUCAUCGAUCGUUCGCUGCACUGGAUGAAAUCUUGGAGCUCGGCGCCGUGAGCGAGGCAACGCAAGCGCUACGGAUUCUCGGCUCUCUCAUUGCCUCCGGCCAUCGAUCUCCCCGUAAUAUCGCUCCUAUGGUGGCUCCAGGGCAUGGCAGCGCCUUCUUGGCGGCGGCCUUGGCUCUAUUGGCGGCGGCGGCAUCGUCCUCGGGCGCAUUCAUCGGUGUCAACUACGGCUCCCAGGGCGACAAUCUCCCCAGGCCCCAGCAGGCAGUGGAUUUCAUGCGAAACAAUGGCAUCACCCAGGUCCGGAUCUUCGACGCCGACCCGGACAUCCUCACAGCGCUGGCCGGCACAGGCAUCCAGGUGAUCAUCGGGCUCACAAACGCGGAGAUCCUCAGCGUGGGUCACUCGAGCGCCGAGGCGGCGUCCUGGGUGAACAAGAACGUGAUGCAGUUCCUCCCCAACACCAACAUCACCGGGAUCGCAGUGGGCAGCGAGGUCCUCACCGACGGCACCGCCAGCCUCUACGCCUCCAUCCUCGUCGCCACCAUGAAGUACAUCCACGCCGCGCUGGUGGCCGCCAACAUCGACAGCCAGAUCAAAGUCUCGACGCCACACUCCACCGUCCUCAUCCAGGAUCCAUUCCCUCCCUCCCGGGCCUUCUUCGAUCAGACGUAUGCCAAGACGGUGGUGCUGCCACUGCUGGAUUUCCUCUCCCAGACAGGUUCUUAUUUCAUGCUCAAUAUUUAUCCUCUGGCUAUAUACCAGCAGAAUCGACAGGUGAUGUCCAUCGACUAUGCCUUGCUCCGCCCCAACGCUGGCAUCCAGGACACCAUCACCAAGCUCACUUACACCAACGUCUUCGACCAGAUGCUCGACGCUGCGUUUAGCGCCAUGGGGGCGCUAAACCACACAGAUGUGGGCAUCGUCGUGAGCGAGACCGGGUGGCCUUCCAGGGGUGAUGUCACAGAGGUCGGGGUAGGAGUUGACAAUGCGGAAACUUACAACAACAACCUUGUCCGGCACAUCCUCAACAACACUGGGACUCCCAGGAGGCCCGGCAUUGCGGUGAAUGCUUACAUCUACGAGAUCUUCAACGAGGACCGGAGGCAGGGGGCCACUUCCGAGAAGAACUAUGGGAUCUACUAUCCGGACCAGACACCGGUGUAUAGUUUGGACGUUACCGGGAGGGACUCGGGUGGAGCCGGAUCAAACACGUCAGUUAGAACAUGGUGUGUCGCCAAGCAGGGCGUAAGCGACAACAGCCUCCAGGCGGCACUGGACUAUGCGUGCGGCCAAGGCAGUGCGGAUUGCUCCAGCAUCCAGCCAGGCCAGGCGUGUUUCUUCCCGGAUUCGGUCUUUUCUCAUGCAUCCUUCGCUUUCAACAGUUAUUAUCUUAAGAACAAAAUGGCAGCUGGGACCUGUGAUUUUGCCGGAGUUGCGACUGUCACCACAAACGAUCCAAGUAGUGGACAAUGCUCAUUUCCCUCAAGCUUACCACCCACGGUAAAUGCUACCGUUGGAAACCUGACCAGUAGUACCAGUAGCUCGGAGCCGCUACUGGCGAGCUUGGCUCUAUGUUCAGUCGCGACGAUCUUCCCGCUUUUGAUCAAUUCCAGACUGCUCUUCUGAGGAUCCAGCAGUUGCGCGUCUCAAUCAUGUGUGUCAAGGCAAGCAAAGCGCUGGCAAAGCGAAAAGGAAAAGCUAUUCACGAGCACUUUCCACGUUUUGGGAUGUUGUGGAACGGAGAACGAAGUUGUAGAACAAUGGUUGGACUGGAUUUGACUUCUCGGUCGGCUCUUUGGGACGUGCGAAUAAAAAAGAACUUCACAAAGAGGGAGAGCUUCUCAAGAGAGAUGCAGAGGUAAGCAAGCUAGCAGCAAAAGGUGAGAUCUAGGCAGAAGAUUUACUUACUGGACAUCAAAUUGACUCACCCGUAUCUAUCUAUCAUAUAAUUUCGUGCCAA